AUGCCAAACAUCUCCACGGUGACGGGAUUCCUCUUGCUGGGUUUCUCGGAGGUCCGGGAGCUGCAGCUGGUCCACGCCGCACUAUUCCUCCUGGUCUACCUGGCGGCCCUGACGGGGAAUCAACUCAUCGUCGCCGUCACCACCCUCGACCGGCACCUCCACACCCCCAUGUACUUCUUCCUCAGGCACCUAUCCGUCCUCGACCUCUGCCUCAUCUCCGUCAUCGUCCCCCAAUCCAUCCACAACUCCCUGACCGACCGUAGAUCCAUCUCCUUCCUGGGCUCCGUCACGCAAGUCUCCUUGGUGGUUUUCUUUGCAAGUGCAGAAUAUUUUAUCCUCACGGUGAUGUCCUAUGACCUCUACGCUGCCAUCUGCCUCCCCCUGCGCUACGAGGUCGUCAUGAGCAGAGUUGCCUGUGGGAAGAUGGUGACCGCCUCGUGGCUCGGUGGGGGCCUGUUUGGAGUCUUGUUUUCAGCCUCGACCUUCUCCCUGUCCUUCUGCGGGUCCAACGUCAUUCAGCAGUUUUUCUGUGACGUCCCCUCCCUGCUGAAGAUCACCUGCUCCGAGGACCACGUCGCCAUCAACGUGAGCAUCCCCGCCGCGGUACUGUUAGCUGUCAUCUGCUUCAUUCUUAUCAUCGUCUCAUACACACGCAUCUUCCGGACCGUUCUGAGGAUGCCACCCGCUGAGGGCCGGGCCAAGGCCUUCUCCACCUGCCUGCCUCACCUCGUCGUCGUCACUCUCUUUCUCAUGACUUCUUUCUGUGCAUACUUGAAGCCACCCUCAGAUUCCCCCUCUGUACUGGACUUGCUGGUGUCCAUGUUCUACACCGUGGUGCCGCCCUCCCUGAACCCCCUCAUCUAA